AUGGAACGUGAACGUGACAGAGCCUCUAGUUCUAUAAAUUGCCCGCCUUUGUUCGACGGUGAAGACUAUUCACAAUGGAAGAUUAUGAUGAGAGCGUUUCUCUACUCUCAAGAUGAAAACAUGUGGAAUGUUGUUGAACAUGGAUGGGAACACCCAACCAAGUCCGAGGAGUCAAAGAAAGUGGAAGGGUCAUCUGCAAGAAUUCUUAAACCUAGAAAGGAAUGGACAGAAGAGGAAGUUCGUAACAGAAAUUGUGAUUUUAAGGCUAGAAAUUCACUAUUCACAGCCUUGUCCAAAAAGGAGCGAAUGAGAAUUAGCCAUUGUGACACAGCCAAAGAAGCUUGGGAUUUGCUUCAAGUCACGUAUGAAGGAAACAAGAAGGUUAGAGGUCAGAAGCUUCAAAGACUUGUAUUGGAAUUUGAAAACAUGACCAUGGAGGAAGAUGAAUCGGUUGAUGACUUUCAUGCUCGACUUCUCAAUGUUACUAGCCAAUGCCGCAGCCUUGAUGAUCCAUUUGAGGAGCACCGAAUUGUCAAGAAGUUUCUCAGGGCUCUUCCCUCAAAAUUCCAAGCCAAGCAGAUUGCCAUUGAGGAAGCUCAAGACCUUGACACUUACACUUUGGAUGAACUGGUAGGAAAUCUCAAAACUUUUGAGAUGCGACUCAAGCCUGAAAAGAAGGUAAAAAGUGUUGCAUUCUCUUCUAUCAAAAAGAAAGAAGCUAUUGAUGAUUCUGUUGAUUUAGCCUUGCUAACUAAAGAAUUUAAGAAUUUUUUGAAAAAUAAAAAUUCUUCAGGGAAUACUUCAAAAAAUUUUUCGAGUUCAAGGAGGGAUCAAAUGUCUGAAAAUCGUUUUGACAAAAAUCCAAAGUUUACUAAAUUCCCUCAAAAGAAAAACUUUCCUGAAAAACCAAAAUGUUUUGAGUGUGGUGGAAUUGGACAUCUUGCUGCCGAUUGUGGUAAUAAGAGGUACAAUUUGCGUGGUAACAAGGCAUUAAAAUCUACUUGGAGUGACAGUGAUGAUAGCACUCAAUCCGAUGGUGAAGAGGUAAAUCUUGCUCUUACUUCCUCUUUUAAUUCUGAAUUGUCUGAUGUUUCUGAUUUAGAAGAUGACACUUUUGAUGAAGAAACAAAUGAAAAAUGCAAACAAUUGUACAAUGCCUCAAGAAUUGUUCUUAAGAAAAAUAAUAAACUCAAAGAGGAAAUUGAAUUCUUAAGGAAUGAGAAAGAAAAACUUGAGCAAAACUUUGAAUUAUCCUUGAAAGAUUUGGAAGAUGAACGAACUGACCUUGUUGAUAAGAUUAAAGUUUUGCAGGGAAAGUCCAAGUCUCAAGACUGGAACAAGGAGCAUGAGGAGCUUAUUAACAAAAUAACGGUUUUGCAGGUGGAAAUAAAGGCUCAAUCCUCCUUAAAUGUUUCUCUAACCCUUGAGAAUGAAAAAUUGCAGGAAGAAUUAUUGAGGGUCAAGGAGAGCUUUAACAAAUUCUCUAUAGGGUCUGAAAAAGUCUCUAAGAUGAUGGGAAUUGGCAAAGCCUAUGGUAAUAAGGAAGGAUUAGGAUAUAAUGGUGAGUCGUGCAAACCUUUGAUUUUUGUAAAAAGUGUGGAAGGUGAGAGCUCAUCAAGCAAUUCACAAAGCUCUAGUGACAAACCAUCUGGCUCCAAGUUGGUUGAACGAACAGAACCUCAUAGAGUCAUUCAUUCACAUCAGAAAAAUCUUUCGGACAUAUACGUCCUAGGUGCAACAUGCUUCGUAGGUUCACUCAAAAUCAGAGAAGAACAUUGA